UUACCGGGUGAGUCACCAGCGAGUGAUGCAAUCAUUUUCCUAAACAACCUUCCACUAAAAUUCCCGCCCUCGCUGUGAGGACUGAGGUUCUUCUCCGGUACUCACUACAGUCCCAUUUCAUAGACUUCACGCCGGUCGUAUCAGAAUUCAGAACUGUAGAGCACCCGCCAUGGAAACAGAGGAAUCCCAAGCAACCAUACCCUUUCAGCUUCAGUUCGAUAAACCACUUGCCUCUCAGGUCAAAUUCGCAGAGUGGAAUCCAGAGAAGGAUCUUCUGGCCAUGGUUACAGAAGACUCGAAAAUCCUCCUGCAUCGCUUCAAUUGGCAAAGGCUAUGGACAAUUUCUCCAGUAGGAAAAUGCAUAACGGCUCUAUGUUGGCGCCCUGAUGGUAAAGCAAUAGCUGUUGGGCUUGAAGAUGGGACUAUUUCACUACAUGAUGUUGAGAAUGGAAAGCUGUUGAGAAGCGUAAAGUCUCAUAGUGUGGCUGUUGUGUGUCUUAACUGGGAGGAAGAUGGACAGCUGAAUUUGGAUGAUGGUGGUAACAUCUCAACUUAUGAAGACCGUACUCCACGUUUCUUUCCUCCUGCUCCAAGAGUUCCUCGGAUGCCUGGAGUGGUGUCUGGGGAUGCUGGAUUCAUGGAUGACAAUGAAGACUCAUUUCGAGAACUGUCAAAUUCUUCACAUCAACGUUUCAACAUCCUAUGCAGUGGAGACAAAGAUGGAAGCAUUUGCUUUAGCAUAUUUGGGAUUUUCCAUAUAGGAAAGAUUAAUAUACACAAUUUCUCCAUUCUUACUCCUCACUUGGUCCAAGCUACUUGUCGACUUCAAAAUGCUUCUGUGUAUAAGGUGGCUUUAUCUAGAAAUCUUUGCCAUUUGAUUGUAUUGAGCAUUGGGGACCUAGUACAAGACAAGGUAGAACUGAAGGACCCUCAAAUGUCUACACAUGGUUUGCAUUGUUUGCUUCUCAAUACUUCUAUAUUUCGGAAAAGGAAAAAUGAGCUCCAUCAGGUUGCCCUGCAAGCUUCAAACAUUACGGACUUAAUUGAAGUUUUCCGGGCUUCACUAUCAGUUAUGUCUAAGCAAUGGUCAGAUGCAAUGCAUACGUUUCAUGAGAAGUUUGACCCUCUAUCUUCUCUGAUUAUUGACCAUGGACUCGACUCCUGCCCCCAAGAGGAGUUCCUAAGCCUUCUUGGUGGUGCUCGAACAAGUCCACCAGUUCAUCAGUUUCUAGUUAACUCUCUUGGUGAAGUGGGACUCAAGAGAGUGGCAAAGGCUAUCCAUAAUGCUGGGAAAGAGCUUCAUCUUGUUGUCCAGGAGCAUCUUCAGCCUGCUGCUGAAAUUAUUGCAUUUAGAAUCGGAGAACUGAGAGGCCUUUCGAGAUGGCGUGCACGUUAUCAGGGUGUUGGUCUGGACGAAAAUAUGAUUGAUAGUGCAACUGAAAAAGCAGGAAUGUUGCUUGUCCAAGUGGAACGAUUUAUGCGGGUGUUGGCAACUGUGUUGUAUCAGUUUCAAAAUUUCUUCACCUGGCUGACAAAAUGUGUAAAGCUGUUAAUGUCAGAGCUAAAGCUGCUAAUGACCGAGCCAAGUGAUCAACUUCCACCAUUUAAUAGUGAACUUGUGGUUAUAUUCUUGAAGUUUCUUUAUGACCAAGAUCCUGUCAGGCAAUUGUUGGAUCCUUCUGAAGUAGAUCACAAUAUCGAAAUUGAUGUGGAUACAAUGCAAAGACUAAAAGAAUUAGUUCAGUUUGGAGGAUUUUCAGAUACUAAAUUCUUGCAAAGAACAUUAGCUAAAGAAUUUGAGCAGAUGGAAUAUUGUUUCAAGGAGGCUUUCCAAAUGCCCUUCACUACAAUUUCCAAAAAGAUACACUGUGAGGAUUUGUUGCCCCUCUGUCCUCUUCCAUCAUCAUCCACAUCUGUUUCUUUGAACAUCCCGACCUCAAUAUCAUACUACAAGGAUGUCUUGCCUGAGGCUUCAACUUGUGCAUCAUACCAACGACGACUUGUGGACUACAUUUGUUUUAGAAUACCUGAUGACUCUUUCUUAGAUAUGCCGAAUUGUGUGGCCAUAACAAGGGGUUUCAUGUAUGGCUCUAGUGGUACAGAAAAGGGUUACAAUUCUUUGGAGGCAGCGUUAUUACAUGUUCCAGAUGGUUACCACUGUGUUGAUGUGUCUCUGUACAAAGAAAACCAAAUUAUUCUAUUACUAAAUGAAACCACUGCCAUUUCUGAAAGCCCUGAAAAUGCACGGAUGAUGAUGUUUCAAGCAAGUGGCCUUCCAUUUGUCUCUGUUUCAGUCUCAUCUAAUGCAAAUCACUGGAAAUUGAAUGAAUUGAAGGAAUGUGUUGUGACCUUGGAAAUGGAGAAUGAAAAGGUCCGUUGUAUUCCUCACUCUGUAACUGUGCCAUUGGCUGUUAGUGCUUCAAGAGGUGUGGCUUGUGUUUUUGCUGCUCGGAAGCGUGCUUUGGUCUAUAUCCUGGAUGAAGAUGAAGAUGAGACAUCAGAUGUGGAAUCACUGCCAUUUUCGGGUGGUGUGACUACCUUGUAAAUGUUGCAAUGGUCCUGCAAGUAGUGUUGUUUCAUGAAAGCCCAACUGCUGCCUUGUAAAUGUUUUAAUGGUCCAACGAGUAGUGUUAUAUCAUGCGGGCCAA